AUGGCUCUUCACAAAAGAAAAGGACCCUUCAAAGAGGCAAAUACUCGGUUGAUUCCUCAUGAUGCAUUCUUCAUCGAUGACUAUGACCGACACUGCAGGUUGGUCGAGGCGUCCAGGAUCGAGAAAGAUACUCAGUAUUGGUUGGUCGCCAACGUUUUUAAUCCAUCUCGCCGUCACCGAGCAUGGUACACUCCAGCGAAAACAGAGUCAUUGCGAGACAGUUUCUUUGUCCAUAUCAAGCUCCAAGCAGUAGAGGGUGAAACCGAGGUUCAAUUCGAGGUAGCUGAGGAGGCCCGGACAUACGUCAAGACCGAUCAGAACCAGAAAGGGGUUGCUGUUGAGACACACAGCUCUGGCGAUCUUGUUCUUCUCGUGAAGAGCGACAUUCCCCAGCAUCGUGAAAUUGAGAUUGUCACAUUCGUCAAGCCAAACACCAUGCCAAUCGAUGAGCAGAUCAAGGCGCUUGGGGAAGUGAGCUUAUGCAGAUCCUGGGGAGAGCUGGAAGGCAAAGAAGGGGAGGGACUUUUGCUGAAAAGAACAGAAAGAACAGUACUCGCCCACGGAGUUGAAUUGGACCCUAUCAGCGAUUUCUACUUUCUUCUCGACGCCCGCAAGAUGUCCAAGAUUCUUCCACAGCAGCAAGCCGAGAGAAUUUCUUAUAUCCUGGAAAAUUCCCCCCUGGGGUUAUUCAGGUAA